UGAUAAGGAAAGUAGACUGUACAGGGCAUUUCUGUUUGCAAUUGUAAGUAAGAAUUUCAGUGCAAGGGAGUUCAAGAAGCUACCUAUUCCUUUGUCUGACACUAAUCUGAAACAUUCUAUUAUGUUAUCCAAUAGAAUACACAGGUAGUAACUUUUUGCAGUAUGUCUGUUCCUCUGAUUCCAUCUUGUCUUGUUUAAUAACUUGCAUAUUUAUGUGACAUUGAAUUUAUCAGUACUUCUACUAUUAGCUUAUGAGUACUGAGGAGCACAACCUUGCUCUCUGUCUGCUAGCCUUAUGACAGACAGAAGUGAUGGACCAAUUGGUAGUCUCCCUGAACAUCUCCUUGUAGAAAUACUGACUCGGUUACCAAUCUGUGAGUGGGUUCAAGUAUCAUGUGUCAGCAAGCAUUGGGCAAGCAUGUUCCAAGGAGAAUACUUGUGGCAAACCGCUAUUUCAAGGAAAUGGCCAUCAGCUGGUUUCCGUAGACGCUGGCCUGGGCCAAUUCCCAGAGGUUCUGCUAGGAGGAGAUUCCAAGCACUAUAUGUCAGCGAGAACCUUGUACCGUCUGGUGGCGAGAUUGAUGAGCUUGUUGGUCACACGUUUCUAUAUUUAAAAGAACAGCUUGAGAGCCUUGUCAUUCCUCCAUCCAGCAUACUUCAUGGCACCAUCAUUGAUCAGUUCAUUGCUUGUGGUAGGACAGGAGAAAAGGCCCAUGAACUUGCUUCAAAUAUAUGGAUUGCAGUCAUUGACAAUUUGGAAGAAAACCAGCAAACUUUCAUGUUGUUAAGACACCUUGCGCAAGAAGGAGAUUUUUUCCUUCCAUUUCCAUAUUCGAGGUCGUAUAAAGUACUGUGGAGGGUGUUCGACAAGCUGUUCACCGACUUCCGUGACUGUUUUAGCAGGGCAGAUUACCAUGACGCGCUAGCGAGUGCCAAGUCUAGGUUUCAGCCAGUACCUUCUUUAUGGCUUGGUCAUUAGCAUAUACAUCUGUUGUUUUUGUUGUGCCCUGGAUGCUGUUUUAGAUGUAGUUGCUAUACUUCCCAAGGUGAAGAGAUGGAUGCCGAGAGCCAAUUCCAAUGGAGGACUUGUAUGUAUUUAGCAGUUAGCUACAAGAAAAUCAAACUAUUGUUCGAUUGCAAGAAAAAGGGGAUGUUCUUGUAAA